UUUCCAAUUGAUAUGUCUUUACCUUGGAUUUUUGUUAAUUUUGUAUUAGAUUCUUUUGAUUCUUCUUUAUUAGAAUGUGUUUUAUUUCAAUUAGAUUUAUAUAAUGAUGCUGCUUCUUUUGCUUUAAAAAUGUUUAAAAAACAAUUUUUAUAUGAUGAAGUUGAAGCUGAAGUAAAUUUAUGUUUUGAUCAAUUUAUUUAUAAAUUAUCCGAAGCUGUAUUUACACAUUAUAAACAAUUGGCAGCAACAAUGUUAUUAGAUAAAGAAUUUAAAUCUGAUUGUACACAAUAUUUUACAAUAAGAACACCUUCAGCCGUUAAAUUUGAAACUUUGCUUAGACAAAGACAUUUUCAACUUCUUGGUCGUUCAAUAGAUUUAAAUCGAUUAAUAUCUCAAAGAAUAAAUUCUUGUAUUCUUCGUUCAUUAGAAAAUGCAAUUACAAAAUUUGAAUCAGAAGGAUUAUAUUUUAUAAUUGUUUUGGAUAAUUUAUUGGAAGUUAAUCGUUUGUGUCACAGACUUUUAAAUGAAAAUUUGGGGUCUUUGGCUAAUUUUGAUGAUUUAUUUUUUGAAGCAAAUCGUCAAGUAUCUUCACAAAAUGGAAGAAUAACUUUACAUAUUUAUUCUGAAUUAAAUGAUGAUUUAUUUCCAAAUUUUUGUUAUAAUACAACAACUAAAAGAUUUGUUAGGGGGAAGGUUAAUUAUAGAAAUCCGCCAGAUAGAGGGCGUCCACCAACUAUAGCUGCUCAAUAUGAAUUUGGAUCAAAAUCUUUAAAUGCUGCUUUUUAUAAUCUUUCAAUGAUGUAUAGCGGUUUUAUUGGUAUUCCACAUUUUAGAGUAAUGGCUAAAUUAAUUGGUUAUCAAGGUAUUGCAGCUAUUCUUGGGGAUUUAUUAAGCUCGGCACGAAGAUUAUUAAAUGACCAAAUUAAAACACACGUUAGAGUUUUGUUUGGAUUAGCACCAAAACAAUGUAAAUUGCAGAGAUUUGAUUAUGGAAUUGAAGGUAAUCUUCAAUAUUUUGUUCAUCAAUUAAGAACAUUUUCUGGUUAUAUACAUUUACAUAAAGAAUUUUGUCAAUCUUUGCGUGAAUUUGGAAAUAUUGUAACAUUUAUACUUGGAUUAGAAAUGGGUUUAGCUCAUGAAGAAAUGUUUGAUUUACUUGCUGCAUCUACAUUUACUGGCCAAAUUCCAAAACCUUAUGCAAGAUCAAAAUAUUCUCGUCUUCAAAUUUCUUCUAUUUGUCAACAAUUUGGAACUGAAUCUCAAGCAAAAGUUGCUGCUGAAAGUGAAUUAUUAACAAGAGAAAGGCUUUGUUGUGGACUUAAUAUUUUUGGAAUGAUUUUGAAUCGUUUAAGAGAUACUCUUUUGGCAGAUCCUAUUUGGAUUGGACCAAAACCUUCAAAUGGAGUUAUGUGGAUAGAUGAAUGUGUUGAAUUUCAUAGAAUAUGGUCAAGUUUUCAAUUUAUUUUAUGUCUUGCCUAUUUUAAUCAAACAAAUAUUAAUCAAAAUUCUGGCCAAUCUACAGAAGAUAUUUAUAGUACAUUAAAGAAAGGAAUAACAGCAACAGCAAAUGCUAAUAAUUCUCCAACUAUUGUAGAAAGUCUUUGGCAGGGUUUAAGUAUUGAAGAAUUGUUUGGUGAUGGUAUUUAUUGGGCGGGAUGUUUAUUAAUUCGUUUAUUGGGCCAACAUAGAAGAUUUGAAGUUUUAGAUUUUUGUUAUCAUUUACUACGUGUUAACAGAACUGUUGGGGCACAAAUUGAAGGAAAAGAACAUGUAGAAUUGGGUUCUUCUCAACAAAAAAUUGAAAUUAGUCAAUUAAUUGACAGAAUACGUCGAGUUCAAGCUCAAAACAAUCAACUUUUUACUAUUUUAAAUAAUUAUGUUAUUAAUGAAAAUAAUGAGCAAACAAUUAGACAUUUUCCCCCGCCUAUAUACCAACCACAAUCCCAACAUUAUGGAAAUGGGGAAGCACACGAAGGAAGUGCACUUUGA